AUGGCGACACCUCCAGUUCCAGCCGAGAAGCCCACGGCGCACUCUAUGAUGGACGGAAUCAUUCACAAUCUGAUCAGAAAACAAAACGACCAAAUUCAACAGGCUCAGAAGAAGCGUUCUUGCAAACAGAACCUAAGUUCAGCGAAGCUUGAUAACACCGUUUUACCUAGCGAUAAAUCGCCCGAACAACCUAUGGUGAAACACCUGCCACCGCAAUCGCCGCCGAAGGGAAUUCUCAAGCGGCCAACCGUGCAUUUCCCAGACGUGGGGUUGCCAGACGAUGUAGAAUUUACACGUCGCCUCUCAUCACCAAUGUUUUCCCAGGGAGCUAAGGGGCACAGUAACAAUCAUGAGAAUCUAUCUGUGGCCCCCACCCUACCAUGUCAUCCGCCUCCGCCGUUACCAUCACUCCCGGCUCCUCCACCUCCUCCCCCAGCUGACGCUCCACAACCACCGACUUUGUUCAAUAGAUCAAUCGAGGCAAAUGAGUAUCUAAACGCGGCGGCCUACAAGAUAUACACCCAGUUCAUUGAUGACUUGUCGGAUUUUGUUGAGCAACAGGCCGAAGUGACCUGCAUGCGUCUUCAGGUUCAGGAGAGGCGUACAGAGCUCAGAAGGCUACGAGAGUGUGUGUCACAGUGUGACAUAAUGCUUGUCAACCACAUACGUACGCGCAUGGUGGGUGGCAUACCUUCCGAUGAUAGAGAACUGAUAGCCCUCUUCGACUCGGCACAAAGUGCAAGAGAUUUGGUUGGGCCAAAAGAAUCAGAGUAUGAGCCCAUGGAGGUCGCGUUGGGUGCAGAGGAAUAUAAGUUGCAAGAUAAAUACUCCAUGAUUGAGAAAAAAUUCGAACACUUUUUUACGCUUAAUGCUACAUCGACUACCAAACAAAGCAUACCCUCCGAUAUUGAAUACGAGGCUUCAACAAUACCAUCAGCAUCCGGAGUUCAGAACGAGCGGGCAGGUCUAGAGCCAAGAUAUAAGGGAACUCUCUAUGGUGCGCUGAUUGGAGAGCAAGUCAGCGUUGGACAAAUACCUUUGAAAACAGUAGGUGGAUACACGGAGACGUUAUUGAGCCCGGAAAUAUUGGGGAAGAUGAGGCAAAAUCAAUCUUCAGAUACAGCUGAAUAUUCUAAAAAGUUUCGAAGUAGUACCAGUAUGGAUGAAAAAGGUGAAGAUGAGCUACUGGAAGACCUAUUGGGUAUAACUGGGGCUAAAGAGCAUGACAUCAGAUACUCCCCAAAAUCUGAGUCACCGGAUCGAAGAAUGUCUCAAAGCCUCAAAGGGGUCGCCUCACACAGCCUCUUCGAGGCUAUCGAUGAACCAAUACCGCUUUCGGAGGGCCUUCCUCUAGAUCUUGGACUACAAGAGGGCGACUCUCUACUCGUCCUGGAUGAGCAAUGCAAGAUACAAUCGAUAUUCAGCGACUACCUCGUGAGCUUCGAAAGCACGCCUGAUCGUGUUAAUCGUUGGUUAUUGCAUCAGCUUCGCAUAUCUCCACGGGAGAUUUAUGCACUCAGAAGACAAGUAAUUGAUUGUACACCAAACAUUGCGCAUUGGGCUACCCUUGCACUAAGCGAAUGGCCCAACGAUCUACUCGGCCAAGGUCAAUCAUACCACCAAGGUUCGAUCGAGAAUGAAGGCGAUACUCCAGCCCCGGCCCCAUACUUAAGCCACAUAGGUGCGGAACUACCACCAGAUACAAUAUUAUUCGGGGGAAGGCUCAUUAAAGGGUCAAGUGACACGCGGAUGGCUUCUGCACCGACUCUGAGCGAUCUUCCCAGUAGCCAGCAGGAAUUGGGGGCAUCAAAUCCGCUUUCCUGA